AUGCGUUUGGAUCUUUUUAUUUGCUCUCUUGCGCUUUUGGCUGUGGCAGAAGCUGCUCAUGGAGCUAUCUACGAGUUCUAUGGUAAUGACGCUUACCAGUUCUAUGGGUGCACUUCAUACCUUCUGACAGAAGCCACAUUUUGCAAGGCUUCAAAGGGAAGACAUCGUGAUAACUCAUGCUACUGCAAAGACAAAAAUGCAGUGGCUUCGUUGGUUGGCUGUAUGGACGAUAUAGGCAAGAAGAACAAGGGUGCUUUGGAAUAUGUUAUCAAGUAUUGCAAGGACUAUAAUGUGUCGCUUACUGUGGACGAGUUGAACAAAUCUUACGGGUACUAUAAAGAUAAUGCCAAGUUUCCAAGUGAUAUCGAAGGCUUUAAUAAAACAAAAAUGGUCGAUCUGCCCAUUCGCCUGAAUGUAUCCUCAGCCAAAGCAUACUACGAAUCAGAGUAUAUCUUCUUGGGUAACUUCGAUCGUGCAAUGUACUACGGAGCUGGUGCCCUUGGGUACUGGGCGUUAAUGUUUUUAAUUGCCAUCAUUGCAAACUGGUCUGUGGUUAUCUUUCCUUCUUUGAGGAUGUCUUUCAACGGGCCAAUCUUUAAAGCCUGGAGGAAGUAUAUCACUUUACCUGCUUUAGUCAGAAGGAAGAAGAACGACCACCAAAAGAACCUUGGAUUGUUUAACUUUCUUGUUCCCUCCAGAAUGGAAUCGCUUAUAGUGUUUGGUUUCUUCUGGUUGGUAUUUGGGUCUUGCUGUGGUCAGAUCAGAAUAGUGCCCAAUGAUCCUGUCUUCCCACAAAGCUCUAUUGCCUUGAUGAGAAUCAUAGCCGACAGAACAGGUAUUAUGGGUACUGUGCUUCUUCCGCUCUUGUUUUUGAUUGGCGGUCGUAACAACUUUUUGCAAUGGUUGACCAGAUGGAAGUUUUCCACGUUCAUCAUGUACCACAGAUGGAUAGCAAGGCUUACAGUGUUGCUAGUAUUCAUCCAUUCAGUUCUUUACUCGGCAAUCUACGUCAAGAGAGGAAGAUACGCUUACAGCAUGCGCAAGACAUACAUCAUCUAUGGUAUUUUGGCUACCUCGUGUGGUGGAACCAUUUGUUUCCAAGGCUUGCUCUUCCUCAGAAGAAAAGCAUACGAGAUCUUCUUGGUGGUUCAUAUUAUUCUUGCAGUGGGUUGGGUUGUGGGUGCCUGGCACCAUUUGAAAGAGUUUGGGUACUUGCCAAUUAUCUAA